AUGACGCGCGCGCUGUCGUCGACGGCGUUCGACGCCACGUACGCGCGGAGCGACGACGCUUUCGGCGCAAACGCGGCGAUUUCUGCGUACGAAGGCGAAGUACAAAGACUCGUGAGCGAUGACGUCCCGAUGGCACUCAUGUUGGUUUUUGCGAAACGAUAUCCCGAACGUUCGGCUUUGGGGGCGUACGCGUUGUCGCUCCCGAAAGAGGCGGCGGACACGCCCGCGCUGUACGAGGACGAAUCGUUGGAAGCGCUUGUGCCGAUGCUCUCGCUCCACUUCGUCGACCAGGUGGACGCGGCGCGACGAGAAUUUGCGAUGUCAUGCGCCGACGCGAGACAGAUUGUCGCUAAAAUGAGCGACGAGCCGGCGUUGGAGGAUCUCGAAUUCGCUUGGGCGUGGUCUAUGGUGCGCAGUCGAGCGAUUACGUUCGCGGUGAAAAAGUCUGGAACGGACGUCAUCGAGCGUAAGCGAUGUCUCGUACCCGUUUGCGACGUGCUCAAUCACUCGCCCACGAGCACGAGCGACGACAGCGACGACGGGCCGAAUGUCAGCAUCGAAUCGAAUGACGUCGGCGAAUCUAUUUGGAAGACGACACGCGACGUAGCGAAAGGUCAAGCUUUGCGCUGGACGUACGGCGAACUGUCGAAUGAGGAAAUGUGGUUGUGGUACGGAUUCGUACCUUCGACGCCGUCGCACGGCGAUUGCUCGGUCGUUUUCAACUUACCAGACACUGUGUUCGCGAACGGAUUGAACGCCGUAGCGAAGGAAGAUAGAGAAGAAACCGCCGCGCUGAGACGCAGACUCCUCGAGCGGUGCGGCGCUUUGGGCUUAAACGAGGGCGAGGAACUAUCGUUCGUGCUCACGAUGCGAGGGAAUCCAAAAGUGCUCGGUGGUAUCGCUGGUCUCAUGUGUUGCGACGCGGACGAAGUCGUCGCCGUCGCCGCGUCCGCGGUGAUCGCAUCGAACGGCGGCGGUGACGGCUCGUUGUUUAGUUUCAAGCCGGAAACGCGUCGGCGAGCGGGACGAUACGUCGCGUGGUUGCUUACUCAAGUGGAAGCAUUCGUCUGUGGUGCCACGGACGCGGAGAUUGCCGAGCUCGAGCGAACGGCUGAAGCCGUCGGCGGCGAGUUCGCGGCGCGUUUCCGCACGGCGAAGCGUCUUCGUACCGGAGCGAAGAGCACUUUUGCGGCCGUCCAAGGCGUGCUCACGGAAGAAAGUCUGCUCAAAAACGGAUCUUGGAUCGAUGACGCGACGAAAACGCUAAUAUCGACGUAA